UCAGCUUUUGGUAAACACGUGGGCGUCCUUCCCGAGCUCUGGCGAGAGUCCGGUCCGGCUCUGCUCUGUGGAUUCAUUUCUGACAUGGAGGAAGUGCUGUCCUUCUGGGAUGUGGCCAUUGAUUUCUCUCCAGAAGAAUGGGAAUGCCUGGACCUUGCUCAGUGGAAUUUGUACAGGGACGUGAUGUUGGAGAAUUACAGCAACCUUGUGUUCCUCGGUCUUGCUGGCUGUAAGCCACAACUGGUGACAUUUCUGGAGCAAAGACAAGGGCCUUGGGAUGUGAAGAAACAAGCAGCAGCCACUGUGCACCUUGGAACAACACCCAAUGAUUGUAACGCUUACAGCAACUCACUCCCUAUUAAACACCAGAGAAUUCAUAAAGGGGAGAAACCCUACAAGUGUGAAGAAUGUGGUAAAGCCCUUAGUUCUCGUUCAACUCUUUCGAUACACCAGAGACGUCAUACUGGAGAAAAACCCUACAAGUGUAAAGAAUGUCAUAAGGCCUUUAGUAGUCGCUCAUCACUUUUUAUACACCAGAAAAAUCAUACUGAUGAAAAAACGUACAAGUGUGAGGAAUGUGGCAAAUUAUUUUACUAUCCUUCAAUGUUGAAGCAACAUCAAAGAAUUCAUUCUGGAGAUAAACCCUACAAGUGUGAAGAAUGUGGCAAAGCUUUUUAUGAUCCCUCAUUCCUUAAACAACAUAAAAGAGUUCAUUGUGGAAAGAAACCACACAAGUGUGAAGAAUGUGGCAAAGCAUUUUCCUCUGCUUUACUCCUUAACCAACAUAAAGGAAUUCAUUCUGGAGAGAAAAAGUACAAGUGUGAAGAAUGUGGCAAAUCCUUUUGCUAUCCUUCAUUCCUUAAGCAACAUCACAGAAUUCAUUCUGGAGAGAAUCCCUACAAUUGUGGCGACUGUGGAAAAAGGUUUUACAGUUCUCCGCACCUUCAGGAGCAUAAAAAAAUUCAUACUGGAGAAAAACCAUAUAACUGUGAAGAAUGUCACAAAGCUUUUCGUAAUCACUCAGCCCUUAGAAGACACAGGGCAGUUCAUAAUGGAAAGAUACCCUACAAGUGUGAGCUUUGUGGAAAAGGAUUUACUAAGACCUCAGAACUUACUGAGCACAAGCUAGCUCACACUGGAGAGAAACCCUACAAGUGUGACCUGUGUGGAAAAGGAUUUACUAAGCCUUCUGUUCUUACUGAGCACAAAAUAGCUCACACUGGAGAGAAACCCUAUAAGUGUGAACAGUGUGGCAGAUGUUUUUCCUCCUCUUCAUCCCUUAAAAGACACCAAUUAAUCCAUUCUGAAGACAAUCCCUACAAGUGUGAGGAAUGUGGCAGAGCCUUUUCUACACUUUAUUCUCUUACUCAGCACAAGCGUGUCCAUUCUAGAGAGAAACCUUACAAGUGUGGAGAAUGUGGGAAAGCCUUUUCUUAUAAUUUUUCCUUGAUUCAGCACAAGUUAAUUCAUAAUGGAGUGAAGUCUUAUCGAUGUGAAGAAUGUGGGAAGAUGUUUUAUUCUACUUCAAAACUGAAGAAACAUAAAAGACUUCAUUGUCAAGAGAAACUGUACAAGUGUGAAGUCUGUGGAAAAGCCUUUUCUACUAAUUCUUCCCUGAUUCAACACAAAAUAGUUCAUACUGGAGAGAAAUGCCACAGAUGUGAAGAGUGUGGCAAAAUGUUUGCCUGUACCUCAAAACUGAAGAGACAUAAAAGAAUUCAUUGUCAAGAGAAACCCUUUAAAUGUGAAGUAUGUGGCAAGGAUUUUCGUACUUUCCCAGAACUUUCUAUACACAAGAGAACUCACAUGAGUGCGAAACCACACAAAUGUGAAGAAUGUGGAAAAGCCUUUUCUACUCUCUCAUACUUUACUCUGCACAAAUUACAUCAUACUGGGGAGAAAUCCUAUCAAUGUGACGAGUGUGGCAAAAUGUUUUACUCUACUUUAGACCUUAAAAAACACCAAAAAAUUCAUACUGGAGAGAAACCAUACAAGUGUGAAGAGUGUCACAAAACUUUUAGUACACGUACAACCCUUAAGAGACACAAGACAGUUCACACUGGAGAGAAACCCUACAAGUGUGACCUGUGUGGAAAGGGAUUUAUUAAGCCCUCUGUGCUUAGUGAGCACAAGAUAGCUCACACUGGAGAGAAACCCUACAAGUGUGAAGAGUGUGGUAAAAGGUUUUCCUAUUCUUCAGACUUUAAAACACAUCAAAGAAUUCACUCUGAAGAUAAUCCUUACAAGUGUGGGGAAUGUGGCAAAGCGUUUAGUAAGCUUUAUACACUUACUCAGCACAAGCUUGUUCAUACUGGAGAGAAACCGUACAAGUGUGAAGAAUGUGGCAAAAGAUUUUCGUGUUCUUCAUAUGUUAAGGUACAUAAAACAAUUCAUUCUGAAGAGAAGGCCUUCAAGUGUGGGGAAUGUGGCAAAGCCUUUGUUAAUUAUUAUACCCUUUCUCGACACAAGACAGUUCAUAUUGGAGAGAAAUCCUACAAAGGACAUAAAAAAGUUUGUACAUCCUCAGGACUUAAAAGACAUCAAGGAACUCAUUCUGAAUAGAAGCUCCACAAGUGUGUGCAAUGUGGUAGAGCCUGUGCUGAUCACUCAGAUCUUAAACAGCGCAAGUGAAUGUAGGGAGUAGAGAAGCCAUGCAUGUGGGGAGAAUGGCAAGUGCUUUACCAGUCAGUCAAACGUGAAGGAAGUGACAGGGUUUUAGUGUUUCCUCAUAUUUUAAAUAACAACAGUCUCUGGAUAUGGUCAAGGUUUCAGUAAUCAUUCAGUUCUGGUUCAACCUCGGUAAUCUGCACUUGAGAGAAACCCUACUCAUGCAGAAAGGGACCAUGGUUGAGCUAUGCCUCAUGUCCAUGUAAGCAUCAGAGAAUACAUCCUGAUGAGAAGGCCUACAAAAGCAAUCAAGGUGGCAAGCUCUCUACCUGUUCUUCACACAUUAGGUAUCUACAAAGACUUCAUACUGCAGAGGCACUCUCUACACAUAAAAGCUGUGCCUCAGCCUUAAAUAACACUUCGUCUUCAUCAACACCAAAGAAUUGCCGUAGGUGAGAAACCUGCAGGUGCAGAUGUCCUCAUCAGCUCUAGAUGUCCGUAUCACACAGCCCCAUAUUAUGUGAUGGACUCUCAACUAUGUUUUUUACUCCAUCAGAUUAGUCUAUAGAAAUAUUUAGGAGGGAUUUUCUUGAUUGCUAAGUCAUGUACAUUAGUCCACCCAAGCGUAAGGCAUGCCAUCCCAGGGCAAGUGUUCAUGGGUUAUAUAAGAAUUCUUGGGGGCUGGAAAGAUGGCUCAGAGGUUAAGAUCACUAACUGUUCUUUCAGAGGUCCUGUGUUCAAUUCCCAGCAACCAAAUGGUGGCUGCCAACCAUCUACAAUGAGAUCUGGUGCCCUCUUCUGGUGUGCAGGCAUACAUGCAGACAGAACAUUGUAUACAUAAUAAAUAAUUUAAAAAAAAAACUCGAAUUCUUGGUGAUAGAGCAUAUUCAGGUACGAUGGAGGAAGCAAAGAAAUACAUAGCUUUCCUUUACGGUAGUGGUUCUCAACUUUCCUAAUGCUGUGUCCCCUUAAUAUAGUUUCUCUAAGUUGACCCCUUCCUCUAAAUUGUUUGGGGCCAUAGCAUUUGGGGUCAUGGAAACAGAAAUCAAAGACAGCACUGAAUGUGUGAAGGAUUUACACUCUUCCUUAUACUUGUCAUCAGACUCUAUAUGGGACGUAAGGACACAAAACCUUGAGAUUUGUUAAAUUUUCACUGGACACCAGAGCAUUCACAUUGGAGAAUAGCCCAAUUUAUUCAAAGAAUAUGACAAAAAGUUUUUUAAUUGCACUUAAUUAAACACUGAAUAACUCAUACUAGAGAGGAACUUUGUGAGACUAAAGAUACUGGAUAAGUAUUGAACAGUUCUAAUCUACAGCAUUUUAAAUUUGUAUAUAAGAGAAACCCUGCAAGUCCAAAUGUUAAGAGAAGUUGUUUAUUCUUCAUACAUCGGAGAAUUUGUUGAGAAACUAUACAUCUUAUUUAGCCAGCAGUAUUUAUUGAAAAGGCUGUCCUGACACCCUUGAUGUGUGUUUUUUCCUAGUUCGUUGUCAUUGAAAUUUUGCUGUGGAUUGCAUUGAAUGUAUAGAUUUGCUUUUAUUACAAAAUGAGCUCUGCAAAUCCCAGAACAUGCCUUUCUGUCUUAUAAUGUCUUCCUGUAAGUGAUGCAUUUUGAUAUUUUCAAAUGUUUACAGAAGACUUUCACCCCUUUCAUUAGGGCCAUCCCUGGAUAUGUCUCCUUUAAAAAAAUUUUUUUAAGAUUAUGGUGACUAGGUGCUAUUUUCUAUAAUUACUUUCCCUGCAAGUAUCUUUUUGAUGUUUAUAAAGGCUAAUGAUAUUUGACAUUGAUUUUGAGAACAGCUAUUUUUGUUGACAGUGUUUAUUGUAAAUGUUUUUAUUCCUCAGAUGAAGUGAUGAGAUGAAUGCCAUUCCCAAGCCUUUCUAGCUCUUUAUGAACUCUCACUGGCUGGUUCAACUCUGCUUUUAUUGCCUUAACUCCUCUCCUACCUGCCUGAUUCAAACUGGCUUCUCUUGGCUUCUGACUCAAUUGCUCUUUCAGGCCUCAAACUCAUUCUAGCAGCAUGUUUUAAUCUUGUGGUUUCUUCUCAUUCUCUGGCUUGUUCUCUUUUCACCUGUGUCUAGCUUGUUCUCUCUGCAACCUGUCUCUGUAAAACUAUCUCAGGAAAAAAAAAACCCUCUGGUAAAAACCUCCCUUCUCUCACCCUACCCUGCUCUUAAGUAGCCUCUCUUUCCUGUUCUGUUCUUAUGAAAGUUGGGCAUAACCCAUUGCUGACACAUUCUGUCAAAUCACUUUUUCUGCCUCUCAAUUAGACUUCACUUUUAAACAUGGCUUCCUUGUGUUAGCUAACUUUAUCUUCAUUGUGUAGGAUUAAAAGAUUACUAAGGGUGUAUUCUAUCCAGAUCAUAUAGAUCUUUGGAUCUGAUUCAUGUUGAUAGAUUAAAAUUCCUUUACAGUUUAUCAUUGUCUUAGUUGGGGUUUCUAUUGCAGUAGAAAACACAUCACCAAAAGCAAGUUGGGAAGAAAAUGAUUCAUUUUAUUAUAUGCUUCCAGAUAACAAUCCAUCACUUAGUGUACUCGGGGUAGGAAAUCAGGAAGGGCCAGAAGUUGGAGGCAGGAGCCGUAGAGAGCCCUUGGAGGAAUGCUGCUUACUGCCUUCCUCCACAUGGCUUGUUUAGCAUCCUUCCUUCCUUCCUUCUUCCCUUCCUUUCCUCCUUUCUUCCUCCCUUCCCUCCUUUCUUUCUCUUUUAAUAUUCUUAUUCUUAAAAAAUUUUUUAUGUGCAUUGGAGUUUUGCCUGCACAUAUGUCUAUGGGAGGAUAUCAAAAUCCCUGGAACUAGAGUUAUAGACAGUUGUGAACUGCCAUGUGGGUCCUGGAAAUUGAACCCUGGUCUUUUGGAAGAGCAGCCAGCCCUUUACUGUGGAGCCCUCUCUCUAGCCCCUCAGCAUGCUUUCUUAUGGCAUCCAGGACCUCCAAACCAGUUGUGGCACUGCUCACAGUGAAUUGGACUUUCCAGCCUGAGCCAUCAGUCAAGAAAAUGCCUCACAGGCUUGCCCAGAGGCAUUUUCUUAUAUGAGAUUUUGCUUUUGGCAUGAUGACAUAAAACUAGGCAGAACUAUCAUAUUUAGAACUUUUUUGUAGAGUACACAGGUCUUUUAGUAUACCUCAUAUCAUCUGUAAACUAGCAUAGUUGAAUUUCUUUUUUUCUAAUUUUUUCCUUUGCCUAGCUUUAUAUUUUUUCAUUCUUUAAUUAAGAAUUUGAGUACAGUAUUGAAAAAGAGAUAUUAGGAACCCUAGUCUCAUGCCGGAGUGUUGUUUUCCAUUUUCUGAAGGUUGCUGUUGUGGAAUGUAUACAAUUUACAGUUGUUCAUUCAAACACUGAUUUCUCUACCCCACUGUCUGGUUUAAUCAGAGCCUUACAUUGUGAUGCUUAUUCUAAGCAUCAUCUGCCUCAAGUUAGUGUAAACAUGCCACCAUUUGUUCUCUGUGUUGCCAAUAAAAACAACCAGCCAAUGCUGAGCAAUGGAGGUACAGCAGUGAAAAAGUUAGAGCUUUGCACCACUGUUAGAGACAGUUAAUCUGUCCAGGCCAUUUAUGACAGGUUCAGAGGUACUAAAAUGUCUCUACGUCAUCACUGCAUGAAGAAGUGAAAGUGAAAGGUUAGUUGCACUAGACCCUACACUGAAUGAAA